UCUUGUCUGAUUGAUCAUGGAUCGAGCGUUGCAUUUGUGAAUCGAUCGAACACUGUUUCGACUCACGUGACUUUGAUGGGAACGGGCGUACGCGCCGCUCCAACACUAACGUCCGGUUUGCGCCAGUUUUCCCCGUCCCUCUCCCAUGCAUGCUCGCUGCAGCAUGAAUGUCUUGUGGCGCGGCUGUAAUCCUUGGCAUGUAUUUGAUCGAGUCUUAUCGAGGGAUCGCGCACACCAAACCUAAUCCCCUACCUAUUACGUCGCUCACGCAGCAGUCAAUGUGGAAUGUAUGAUCAGCACAGGACAUGCCCAUCGAUCAUCCUGCUCCUACUUUUAUAAACAUUGCAAACCCCAAUGAUGCCAAAGGGGCGUCCAAACGGCUCGCGGUGCGGUCACACGUCGCCCGGUACCAAUGGAGAAAGCAUUUUGAGGACAGAGGCUCGGAGUCCGCACCGGUCCGAUCUAAGAAGAGACGAGAGGAGUUUCUGCCACUGCGUAUCGAACUAGAUUGUUCCUUUCUGGAUGGAAACCGAAAGACUGGCAUUGACGGUGAAGAUUGGCAAGGCUCUAGUUCAUCAUCUUCAACACUGCCCAUACCCAGGAUCCUGGGUGGCGGGCGCGUUGAUCCUUUCCGCUCCUAUCCCGUUGCUUGGAGGCCUUUCAUGCCAGCUAUCGUGGAUCACUAUCUGAUUAGCAUGGCUGUUGAUAUCCCUGAGCUCGAUCAGCCUGGUAACUCUGGCCUCCUGAGGACCAGAUGGUUCCCUCUAGUGAUGACGGAGCCGGCUCCCUUCUUGGUGAUACUUCUAAUCGCAGCUUCGAAUUAUGCGUCUCUAUAUAGUGGCUGUGACAUGAAGACGGAUCUUUUGCAGCUCAGAUGUGAGGCUAUCCGCACGAUCAAUGAAGCCUUGCGUGAACCCGAGAGGGCAUUGACCGAUGCCGUGAUCGGUGCAGUGGCCAAGAUGGCCAGUUACGAAGCUAUGUUUGGUAGCUUAGACACCUAUAACACGCAUAUGACGGGUCUCGUGAAAAUGGUUGAUCUCAGGGGUGGGUUGGCCUCGCUGGGUUUGGAUGGCCUCCUUCGUCGCAUUUGCAUCUGGAUUGAUCGGAAUUCGGCUUUUCUGAAUGGAGCGUCACUCUACUUUCCCAACGAUACUUUUGUCCUCGGAGAACCAUUACCUGGACCUAAUCCGGGACAUUUCCUUGGAGCGACUUAACGUGUCACGAUUUACGAUGACUAUGGACUGUAUUCUCAAGCAUGGUACUAUUUGCUUCCCAUAUGGUCACCAUGCUUCUCACGGACAGCUCGAUUCAUCCGUUUGCGGACUGUC